AUGGAUAAAACGAGUUUCUACGACUUCAAACCGUUAGAUGUAUACGGCGAGGUGUAUGAUUUCAGUCAAUUGAAGGGGAAGGUGGUGGUGAUUGUAAAUGUAGCGAGUCUUUGUGGAUUUACACUGCAGUACAAAGAUCUUGAAUAUUUGUAUAAAACGUAUAAGGAGAGGGGAUUUGUUGUGCUUGGAUUCCCAUGCAAUCAAUUUGGGAGUCAAGAACCGUAUACCGAACGAGAGAUUUUGCAGAUAUGCGAAAAGAAGUUUGGAGUUACGUUUCCUAUAAUGGACAAGAUUGAGGUUAACGGAGAGUGUGAAGAUCCGCUUUAUGGAUAUUUGAAGAACGAGCAACGGACGUCUCUCGGGUUCAAAGGGAUUAAGUGGAAUUUUGAGAAAUUUUUGAUUAGUAGAAGUGGUAGAGUAGUCAAACGUUACGACUCGACAGUAGCCCCGCUAAACUUCGAGAAAGCUAUUGUAGAGCUACUAGAGUAA